AGUCAGGUGAGACCAAACCUGACGUCAUUGACGUCGGAGCUGAGGAAGCAGGUACACCUGUUAACGAUACAGGAGCAGGUAGAGAAAGAAAAAAAAGCAAAAAAGAGCGAAAUGAGCAAUCCUAUCCCGUCAAAUUUGAGGUCAGAUACCAAGAAGGCUGCUAAGAUCUUGAGGGACUUUACUCAGAUCUCUGCUAGAAAUGGACCAGACAAACUCAUCCCCCCUCAUGUGAUUGCCAAAGCUGAAGGUCUGGCCAUCAUCUCAGUCAUCAAGGCAGGUUUCAUGGUGACAGCUAGAGGUGGCAGCGGCAUCGUCAUCGCCAGACUGGCUGACAGACGUUGGUCGGCUCCUUCUGCCAUCGGCAUUGCUGGUUUGGGAGGAGGCUUUGAAAUUGGAGUGGAGGUGUCAGACCUUGUGAUCAUCCUGAACCAGCGAAGAGCCAUUGAUGCUUUCUCUAUGGGUGGAAACCUGACAUUGGGAGGCAACUGUACAGUGGCUGUUGGACCAAUGGGCAGGAAUGUGGAGGCCGACGUGGCACUGCGUAACACUGCAGCUGUCUUCACCUACUGCCGGUCCAGAGGUUUGUUUGCUGGUAUUUCUUUGGAGGGCUCCUACCUCAUUGAACGCAAGGAAACCAACCGCAAGUUCUAUGCAAGGGAUAUUCGAGCUUCCGCUAUUUUGAAUGGGGAUGUAGAGCCACCAGUAGAGUGCGCUGACCUUUACCACAUCUUGGAUGCCUACGCCGCGGCCUACACCUCAGAGUGGACUAGCAAGAACAUGCGUCCAAAGUCGUCUUUUCCUCCAGCAAGACCUGCAGCUCCAGCUGUGCAAAAACCAUCAAGCAUCUACCAGGAACCUCAAAGUUUCAACAUCGACAGCUACCAGCAACCACCAAACAGCUACCAGCAACCACCAAACAGCUACCAGCAACCACCAAACAGCUACCAGCAACCACUGAGCAGCACUGGUGCUGCCCCAGGAACACGGAGUAAGAAUGCCCUCUAUCCCAGCAUCUCUGUGUAUAAAUCUGAAACUUCAGGAGCCAGAGCAGCAGCGCCACCCUCAGCAUCAACGAGUGCUGACCAGCCUGUGGUCACAGCAGUACAUGCAUUUGUAGGUCAGCAGCCAGGAGAUCUCAGCUUCUCAGUUGGAGACCGGAUCACUGUCACUACAAAAAGUGAUUCCCAGUAUGACUGGUGGGAGGGGCGAACAGAAGACGGUCGCAGUGGAAUCUUCCCUGCCAACUUUGUCACCUACUGAGUGUCCUUCUGCUGCAGAGUGGAGGCAUGACAGCUGUGGUCAACAAUCAAGAACAGGAGUCAUUUUCCAGAAAGGUUCCUAAAGUGAUCAGAGACUUGGGUUCCUUGCUUUACUUCACUUACUGCCUUACCUUAUUCUUGCACUUUAUUUCACACUGUUGGGGAAUUAGUUAGUCACCUUUUUAAUUGGUAUAAACUGAAGUCUGUUCUCUUUAAAUAGAAAUUGUUCAAAUUUUCUGAAACGUUGCCUCAGAUUGGGAGAACAGAAUAAAUUCUAAAAGCCAAAUGCUGUUUUUGUAACACGAAAGAGAAAAAUACUUAUAAUUAGGCCAAAAGUCCUAACUAUAACCUCGAUACUGGUUAGAAACAUGGUAUAAGCAGCUACAGGGAAAUAAAGACAAAUCAAAAUGGGAAUAUGUUGUUAAGCAUGUAAAACUUUAUUAUUGAGCGGUUAUCGAAUCUAAACCAGAAAUGUAGAUAGAAAAUAUAUUUAUUUUGAUCCAAUAUCAAUGUCCUAAAUUGCAAAGGCAAAUAAUAGGGAUUUCUUUUAGUACUUAGAAAUAAAAAACUGAUGUAGAGGGUUAAGUAGUAAGAUGCCAAAGGAAGCUUCAAAUUAAGUGUUUUAAUGGUGAAUUUAAAAAAUGAAUGGAAUAAAUAAAUCAGUGUCAUGUUGCAAAAUUGUUUCUACUGGAGGAUUUGGAAUUUUAAAAGGCCAAAUGUUUAAAAUCUAUUUUUGGUCAAAAUACUUUUUAAUGGCUCUUUAGCCCAAGCCAAUACCUUGUUACUGCCAUACUAUGGGUGAAUAUGAAUGUUUAUAUUGAAAGCUGAUCUUUUUUUAUAUUAUUUAAUGAUUAAAAUAAAACGUCAUGUUGGUUGAGUGUUCAGUGUUAACCACUGUGGGAAAUCUGCACGCUAUUAUUAUAUUAUAUACGCUAUUUGUCUCUGUCUUAUCACAGGUUUGGAACAAGUGUUUAUUUUUUUAAUAACCUUUCUUUUCAGUAUUUGAUGUUUGUGUGAGAUUUGUUACAGUCUGCACUUUUCCUAUUAUGACAUUGACUAUUUAUGAUUUGUCUACCAACUUUUUUAAUAGAAGGAUGAGGUUCACUUGUGAUAGAGGUGUUUUAUUAUUUUUUUUAAUAUAUCCAAGGUUGUCUAAAGGCUAUAAAUAAAUGUUAAAUAACA